AUGCAAGGAAUGCCGCCGGAGGAAGUCCAAGGUGCCGCCAAGAACUUGAAGCUCUCCCUACAGAAGCUGACCGACUCGCAGUGUGACCGAAUUGUCCCAGUGUGUGUCCUAUGUCACAAAUUUGGUCGGAGAUGUGUCUAUGAAAGACAAACCAAAACGCCUCUGACUCGACGCUACCUGACCGAGGUGGAAAGCGAGCUGGCGCGAACAAAAGCAUUGCUGCAGCGAUUUGUUCCGGAUGAGCAAAACUUGGAUCAUGCUCUCGCAUCAGAGCCAGGAGGACCUGAAAGAGCUUUGCUACAGCCCCCGAGAGGCUCUGAUGCACAGCAUUUUCGGAAUGCCGGGCUAGUGUCUGGCGGUCGGACUGGGUCUGCUGCGGACUCCAAAUGCGCCCAUACUGCCUGUCACGGGCCCUUCAGAGCGAGCACCAGAAAGGCAGUCACUAGGGCCCUCCGAGCCUCGCCCCUCGGGCCAUCAGGCUUGUCCUUGGAAUCUCCCCCGUCAUCCAGUAAUUUUGAAUGGGAUGAACGAACGGGAAAGGCCACAGGCGAUAGCGAGGUAGGCGUCGCAUCUGGAGCCGCAUUACUGCGGAUAACAGACACCCAAUCGAACAGCGAAGACUAUAAUUCAAGGCCGUACCCUGAAGGAUCAAGCCGGCAGCCUUGUGGCAUUCCGUUCUCCCUGACGUCUCUCUCCCAACUAGAACCAUUUGUGGAUGCAUACUUUUCAUUGUACCACCAAUCUUAUCCUAUAGUACACGAGGCUAAAUUCCGGGCUCAGUUCAUGGAAGUCAUUCCUCGACCCACAGGUAAUGCCUGGCAGGUCCUACUGUUUGUUUUGGCCGCAGUGGGUGCAUUCACUGCUUCAACCCAACCUACUGAUGUAGACCUUGGUCUGUUUGAAGCUGCUAAGGCACGGCUUUCUAUCGAUAUGCUGGAGACGGGAAACCUGCUACUUGUGCAAGCCUUGACUCUCAUCUCAAAUUAUAUGCAGAAGAGAAAUAAGCCAAACUCUGGCUAUAACUAUAUGGGACUAGCACGUCGCAUUGCAAUGGGAAUUGGUCUGCAUAAAGAAUUUCCGACCUGGGAGACCAAUUUGCUUACCAUUGAAAUGAGGCGGCGGGUAUGGUAUUGUCUGUAUAUAUUCGACGUUGGCGCCAUCAUCACCUUCUCCCGACCUCUUGAUUUCCCCGACGAUGGAAUUGAAGUUGAACUUCCUUUGAACGUACAUGACAGUGAUGUCACGUCUGGAACGAAGCAAAUACCACAGCCAGCCAACGAAACUACUGUUUACACCCAUCUACGAGCACAGGCAACGUUCCAUAUGGCCUCGAGUCAGAUCUACUCCAGGAUCAUAUCAUCGCCAUUUCCAUCAGCAAAUGAGCUUAUUGAGUUGGAUGACCGACUGAUUGGACACUGGCUUGCUAGGAUUCCGGCAUUCUUCCAAGAGAACGUUGUCCAAACACCAAAGUUCCGACUCUGUCACUCCAUUGUAUGUUGGCGAUAUCGAAACUUCCGUAUCCUAAUGUACCGCCCUUUUCUAGUAGGACGCCUGAUGGUUCGCCCAGAACGAGGAGCAUCUACCGUUCAAGAGAAUGGCAUGCAAGUGGAAAUUGCAAUCCAGCGCUGCUUAGAUGCAGCUCGGGAGUCAGUACAACUUAUCUCUUCAUUCUGGGCACAGGAGCAGAAAAGCAUGAUGGCCUGCUGGUACGGACUGUAUUUUCUGUUCCAGGCAGUUCUCAUCCCAGUCAUCUGUCUACGCAACGACCCACAAUGUGCGCUUGCAACAGGCUGGCGCGAUCAAAUAACCCAGGCGAUGCAUGUGCUUGAAUCAAUGACACGGCUUAAUCCCACAGCUUCUCGUUGUCUGGGAGUUAUUCGCUCUCUGUGUGGGUCAUACUUUAAUCCUUCUGUUGAUGGUUGGGGUCCAACAGAAGAGUCGCCGCAAACGCAACUCGCUAAUCUGUACCCAUUGAUGUGGCCAACAUUGGAAAUGGCGCAAUUGGACGGCACGGAUUCAACGCUGUAA